GUUUUUGACGUUCUCCCGCCCAAGCGGCCCCACAGAGCAGGUCGUCAUCGGCUGUUUUGUUUGCUCACAUUUAAAAAAAAAUCAUCGACCUUAUUAUUUUUUCAUUUUUUUUUUGUAAAGAAAUCAAAUUCCAACAAGUGUCGAUUAAUGUAAAGUCUUCUAAAAUACAGUACCUGAGAGUUUGAUGAAGGAUGGAUAAAUUCAAGUGUAGGAAGCGACAGAUAAACCAGCUCAUUGAAUUAUAUGGAUAUCAAAACGAAUAUGUGCCGAAUUUGACUUUUGUCUAUGGCCCAUCAGCCGUUGGAAAGACAACAUUGUUGACUGAGUUCUUUAAGGUGAAAGCUUCCAGAUACGCCUAUAUAAAUUGUAUCGAGUUCUAUACGCAGCGGCUGCUGCUUGAGACGAUCUUGUCACAGCUUUUGGGCACGAGCGAGGGCGUCAGUUGCGACAGCUUAAUGGACUUGGUCCUUCAACUUCAGAUCGCACAGAGCCAGGGCUAUUUCAACGUCGGACCUCAAGUUAUUAUACUUGAUGGUGUUGAACACCUCGAAACAGUUUGUGAACAAUAUUUCGCCUUUUUUUCCGCCUUACAAGAGCUGAGUGCAAUCUACACUCUGAGCGUCGUUUUUGUGAGCUCGAUCCUUCCAGAAAAGUUCAAUACUGAUUUGGCGUUCGUUCAAAUUGACUUUCCACAGUACACUAAGGAUGAAAUAUUAGUUAUACUUAAGCAAUGGAAACCGAAGGAUUGCACAGAACAAUUUUAUGAAGGUUAUUUAAAUUCUUCCCUGAGUGUGUUUUUGAGGACGACUAGAGAUUUAAAUGAAAUGAAGAAUUUGGUUUUAAGCAAUUUUAAUAAAUAUCAGGAACCAGUAAUAAAGGGAGAAAUUAAUGAGAAUGAUGUAACAUCACUUUGGAGACACAUAGCACCGUAUCUCAAGGAUGCUCUGAGUACAGCGUACCUCGGGAUAUAUUCGCAUGGCCAAGACAGCGGGAAAGAAGUGGAGCUCAUAACGAACAAAACGCUCACCACUUUCGACCUUCCGUACUACGCCAAGUACUUGCUCAUAGCGGCAUACCUUGCCUCUUACAACUCGCCCAAGCACGAUAAACGGCUCUUCGUCAAAGACCAUGGGAAGCAGAAGAAGCGAGUUGCGAAACGGACGGCCAAGGUGAAAAUCGCAAGCGAGCUCCUCGGCCCGAGGCGUUUCUCGUUGGAUAGGCUUCUCGCCAUCUUCUACUCGAUCAUGGAAGAGAAAGCUAGUUUAACCGUCAAUCUCAUGUCACAGAUUGCGACUUUAGUCGAGCUUAAAAUAUUGUCAAAGAUGGGAGACGGGUGCAUCGACAAACCCAUGUUUAAAUGCCUUGUUGGAUUCCAGUGUGUUGAUCAAGUUUCAAAGACACUGGGUUUUCAAGUGAAAAAAUAUAUUAUGGACUAGUCUACUCAUCCAUUGAUUGUUAGUUCAACUUAUUCUCAAUAAGAGUUGGUCUGCAUUUAUUAAAUAAAGUUGAUGGUCAUUGGUCUGAAAGUCGGUGAGCACAUGUUGAACUGGUACCGCGUCCGACUAAACUCAUAAGUUUCAAUGUAACUCAAAUUUUUAUUUCAACUUUGUAAGUAAUAAACUUUAUUAUUAUUUAUUAAAUAGAUGUAAAAAUGUUCUGAAAAAAAUUAUUUCUUUAUUGGAUUUUUGAUAUGGAAUAUAGUUUUUGGUAUUUCUUUAA